AUGUGUGGGUUGCAGUUGGGAUCGACUCACCGCAAACUUUUUAAUGGCUGCAUUGAGAAUGUCAUUUUGGGUUCAGAAUAUCUUUUGGAUCGAUGGUGUAGUUAUGAGAAUGCUAAACGGCCGUCACAAUCGGAUGGACCAAGACCUCCUCCGCCAGGUACGUUUGAAGCACUAAACAUGGUCGAGCCAGUUCAUUUGGAUGAAGGCAGUUCAGUGACAGUACGAUGGAAAAACAUCUAUUCGUUUCAACAACAAAGCGAUUUUGAUUCAUCGAAUGAUGACAUCAGUUUCAGAGUGCUCGAAGGUCCUCAGCACGGUUCAUUGUUAAUGGAUGGUGUGAAAAUAACUCGUUUCACAAAACAAAAUAUUUUAACCUCAUUGGUUACGUAUUCACAUGAUGGCAGCGAAACAACCGAGGACUCUAUCGACCUACAGGUCGAACAACGUUCUAAAUCGAUAACAUCACCAAGAGACCAAUCAGCGUUUCAUACGAUAUCCGUAAGAAUCAAACCGAUCAAUGAUGCACCUGAGCUAAAAUUAGGUGAUCAUGCAGAUACGCUGAGGAUUGCUGAAGGGGGAAGAACUUCGAAGAAAGGCUAUUUACGAUUAAUGGCCAAUGAUGGGGAUAAAGAAUCUAAUGAAAUAACGAUUCAUGUAGUUACGGUACCUAUUGAAAUACAUCUCAAAGUUAAUGCGGGCUUGAAAGUGUUGCAUCAAUCAUCUGAACUGAUAACAUCGCAAAAUUUGAGUUUUCAAACGAAUCUGGACGAUAUCCCUGUGCAUUUUCAAACGAAUCUGGACGAUAUCCCUGUGCAGUAUACAAUCGUUGAUUUGCCCGAAUACGGUAUCGUCGAAUGCUCGGAUGCGAUUGGUCAAUAUCGCAUUUGUUCGACGUUCUUACAGUCCGAUAUCGAUCGGUCGAGGAUACGGAUCACGUUCAUUCCGGUUCACGUGAAAAUAUUCAAUCGAAUUCCAUUUCUGUUGAACAACAGUGAUCAAUUGACGCUAACUCGAGAACAUCUCUUCGCGUGGACAUUCCCAAAGAACUUUCAAUCGCAUCAACUCAUUUUUCACGUUAUCGAACCACCAAAAUUCGGUAUUCUAUCCCGUAAAAUUGAACCGAAUCGAAAUCGACGUAUCGGCGUCUCGUCGAAUUUCACUCAACAGCAUAUUGACAACGCGACAGUCUUCUACAAACUUCAUUUUAUCCAAUACUCAGUGGUGAAUGACUUUUUCACAUUUCGAGUGAUAACCCCAUCGGUUGCAUCCGAAACGAUUCGUUUCGAUAUCACAUUCAUACCCGGUCUCGGCGCUAUUCAACUUAUCAAUCGUACGAUUAUCGUUGAUGAAGGUGGACUGCAAAAGAUAACCAACGAAACGUUAUCAUUGGAAACACCGGACGACAAUAGUUUUGUAUUUACACUCGGUGUGGUACCUAAUUUCGGUGAUAUUAUUGUCACGAGACCAUCUGGUGCUAAGUUUACACUGUCGAUCGCGAUGAAUUUCACUACUCAAGACAUUCAGUCCGGAAGCGUUUGGUACGAACAUUUCGGGGGUGAGAAUCGUAUUGAUCGAAUUUAUUUGGUGGCCGAAAGUGUUUUUCGACGAUCAAGUCGAAUUCCAUUCUGGAUGACUGUUCAAGUGAUCUUGAAAAACGAUAAUGCACCCGAGCUGAAGGGAAAUAACGAACUACAGAUAAUUGAUCGUGGUGAUCGCGUUCUGCACCCGUCGUUGCUUCCCUGGCAUGAUGCAGAUAUUGACUCGAAACCAUUGCAAUUCAGCUUCUAUGAUGGCUUUCGGAAUGCUGCGAUCCUGUUACGGAUAUCGCCGAAUAUUCACUUGAGAAAUUUUACGCAGAAAAAUCUUCAAAACGGUGAAGUUCUCUUGCGACAUCUGGGACAUUCAAGACGAUUCGAGAUGCAAUACACCGUAUCAGACGGCAUCCAUGAAGUAGCAUCAACGUUGACAGUGAUCGCCUCUGAGCCGUUCAUUCGAAUCGAUAAUCAUCAGUUGUUAUUGCCACAUUCAAAUUCGCUACAGUUGAUACCGUUGACGCAACAAAAUCUCUCAGCACUGACAAAUUUGGACGUUAACAGUUCCGAGAUCUUAUUCACGAUUAUUGGCACGCAGAAUUGGAUUCUGGUCGAUAAUUCGACACAGACAUCAAUUAUGUCUUUCACACAACAGGACAUCGACGACGGUAAAGUUUUCUAUCGUCUCAACGAUCAAUCGGAUCGUGCCGAACGUGCGAUGGUCAGAGCCGGCAACUUGACGGCAGUGAGUGAAAUUGCGAAGCAUCGUCAAAAGUCCGACUCUCGAAUUCCCAUCGAAAUGCGAACCUUGUCAGUGCUGGAAGUGCCGAUCGCAUCGUUGUCACCAAUCGACUCACAAAUUCUAUUCACGAAAUCCGAAGAGAAAUCUCCAUCUGAGAUUAUUUACGACGUUAUCAAACAGCCGUCUGUUGGCACGCUUGUUCUGGAAUCUUUCAAAGUGAUUGGAAACGAUAACGCAAUAGUACCGAGUAACUUCUACGUAUCGCGAUUCACACAAGCACACGUGAAUGCUGGUCAACUGCAGUAUCUACACAACGGCAAUAAACCCUCUCGAGACUCGUUCAAAUUCAACAUUUCAAUCGGUUCAAGAACCGUCGGACCGUUCACUCUGUUCAUUAAUAUCAUCGAUGAUCAGAUAGCUUUGGAAGUGUCGAAUGUGAGUGUAUAUUCGGGUGGCAGCACAGUGCUAUCAACUAGUCAGAUUCGUGUGCACUCAACCAAAGAUAUCGAAUACGAAUAUCGUUUGAUCAACCAUCCACAAGCCGGAUGGAUUGUCUUGGAUGAAUGGAAUCUGUCAAAUAUCACCUCACUGAACUCAUUCAAGUCCAGUCAUCUCGACGACCAUCGCAUCUUCUAUGUAAAUAAUCCCGUAACACGUACCUCACAAGACUCGUUCAAAAUCCAAGUUUGUUCUAUGUACAGCUCGAGUUCAAUCUACACGUCAACGAUCACGCGAUGUUCCGAUACGAAGAAAGUGAAUGUGAUCGUUAAACAGAGAAAUAUUCAUGGGCCGGAAUUGGUUCGAAAUGAAGUGCUGAAAAUCUGGCAUUCAAACAAGGCUGCAAUAACAAAACAAUAUUUAUACUCACAAGAUGAUGAUUCACCAUCUGAGCAAAUUCAGUAUCUGGUGAACCAGCAACCAAUCAACGGUUAUUUGGUACGAAGCACCCAGCCCAAUCGUCAAAUUUUCAAUUUCUCACAAAUUGAUGUCGAUCACUCCCAAAUAAUAUUCGUCAAAAAUGAGAGCUCGAAUGUUCGACCAGAAAGUGUCUUGUUUUCGGUAUCAAAAAUGCCGAAACUAGGCGAUUUGAUGUUAUCGGAUCGUCCAGUGCAACGCUUCAGUCAAUAUGAUAUUAAUGAGCGACGAUUGAGCUACAAACCGAGAAAUGAGGCUAUUGACAGUUGGUCGAAACGUGAUUGGUUCCAGUUUGUGGUUUCAUCGAAUGGUACCGCAAAUCCCAUCAACGAGGAAUAUCGAUUCCGAAUUUCAAUCACUUACGCGGCAAUACCAUCGAGCCGCAUACAUGAAUUGAUCCCUAGGCGCAGUAUUAAUAUUAUACCAGGUGACAGUGUUGCGGUGAACGCAUCACAUGUGAAUUUAACAGAACUGGUUUCGAAAUGUAAAGAGGAUCUAUUGGUGGAAGCAUCGCGACCACCUCGUACAGGCUUAUUGCAGUUUGUAGUGCUAUCACCGCAGAAUCACACAUCAAUGAUAAGCGCUGAUCAACUGCUAUCUGGUCGUGCGUUGAUCUAUCGUAAUCAAAUGAUCGACGAGAUCAAAUCUGAUGAAAUCUUGUUUCAUAUCUAUCCGAAAAGUGAAUCCACAAAACGAACAAACAGAUUGCGUGUUCCGUUACCGAUCAAUUUUCAUUCACCCACUGAUCCAUUAUUAAAGGUUGAAAAAAUGCCCGAUCAAAUAAGUAUCGUAAGUGGCGGAGAAUUGGAGUUGGAUCCGAACAGCUUUCAGACCAGCCAUCCGCAUAUUCAACCGUCGGCGAUCAUUUAUCGUCUCCAUCAAACUGGAAGUAAUGGCGUUGUGCUGAAAAUAGGCGAUACUGUAGUGAAUGAGUUCACUCAAGGCGAUGUCAACAAACGCAAAGUGCGCAUUCAUCAUACACAACGCUACGAUAUACCAGAUCAAAUCGAUGUUCUUGUUUUUAAGAUCGGUGAACAUACUCGAACGUUGGUGGCUGAUAUAUUACCAUUAUCGCUAUCGCUAUACAACCACUCAGACAUCAAAUUCAAUCAAGGCAAAACUUAUAUCGUUCUGAAUAGAUCACAUCUUGGUGCAAACUCGAAUGGUGAUCGAUCAAAAAUAGUUUACAAUAUCACAAAACCACCCGAAAAUGGAACAUUCUAUUGGGUGGCUGGCGAAAAAGAGGCAAAUUCGUUUACGCAAAAGGAUAUCGACGAUGAACGCGUUCUAUAUGCCCAACUAAAUAUGCAAGCUUAUCAGGAUUCAUUCGAAUUCGCGUUGGGUAAUGAUCAGAAUGAUAUAAUCUACAAUCGAUCCAAUGUUAUCAUCGAAUCUGUUGUGAGGCCGCAGAAAUUGUUAAUUGAACGUGAAGAGCCCGAGCCCAUUACUAUAUCGCAUUUAAAUGCAACCGUUCUUGAGGGAUCUGCGCCACGUUUUCUGGUCAUCGAUCCACCGAAAAUGGGUCGUUUGGUAAUGGAUGGUAACCUGAAUGAAUCAGUGGUAUUUUUCACGCUAUCAGAUAUUCGUAAUGGGCGAUUGUUUUACUUGCCACACGAAUGGGUGGAACUGCAUUCAAGUGAUAGCAUUGGAUUGCAGCUGGAUGCAGACGGCAUUCAACCAGCCAGAUUUAGAUUUUGGAUAACGAUACGUCUGCAAAAAACCCAUCAAACUGUACCGCCGGCAAGUCGAGCACCCCCGCCAACCUCAUCAGAGGCGCCGAGCAGUCCCGAAAUGGCCCCGGCCAGUUAUCAACUGCCACUUUUAAUUCUACUCGCUAUUAUCUCAUUAACAAUCUUCAUUCUGCUGUGUCGACGACACUCUGUCAAACAACGACGACGAAAAGUUGUGGUCGAACAAAAGCAGCGUGAAUAUGCAGCGAAAUUGGAUGCGAUCGUCGCAGAUCAACCCGAUCUGCUUGGCAGUACGGUGUACGCGACCGUCGGUCGUAAUCGGCCAGAAACGAAUCCAAAUCCAACCCGGAAUCGUCAACUGCAAACGUUCGACUCAUCGCUAUCGUCCUCUUCAGUCAUAUCGCAGCAGCCCAAAUGUCGUAUAACUCCACUGACUUUCUCCUCACCAUUACUCAAUCAUCGCCGACCCACAACAACUUCACUUUCGACCGCUUCAAAACAUCAGUUUCAAAAUUCACUCGAUCAUACCAUUUUGGCCAGAGCCAGUUCAUCGAGUAAUAUCUCAUCGAGAAGUAGACAACCAGAUAAACUGCAGUCAACAAAAUUAAAAGAUAAUCAGUAUUGGGUUUAA